AUGACAACAAUCACCGUCACCGAGACCGAGUCUCGUUGCAAUACAAUGAUUUAUCUACGUCUGGAUACGAACGCCGCUACAACAUUCAAGUUUGUCCGUUAUACCGCCACAGUCAUCAACGUCCACGACGAAUCUGGCCAAGAUUCGUUUGAAGUUAUUGCACCAUCCAUGAUUGUGGACAAAGAGGUAUAG